AUGGCCGACCUCAAAGACGACCUGACCGAGAAAGCUCACUUUGAUCCUAAUUGGAUUGCUUUUAACGGAGGAACUCUCCACUCGAACAAUGUGCUUUUCUAUUUUGCGACAUCCCCUUUCUUUGAUCAUGUCUCGGGCAACCAGUCGCUCUUCACACAGUGGGCGGGCACGCCCAACCAGAAUGACAUCUUGGGCACGAGGGCCAAGUUUGAAGCCAAUCUACGCCACCAGCGUGGAAUACAGUACGUUGUCGAGCACGAUCCCCUAGAGGAGCAAGUUAUCUUGGACGGUCCGAAUGGACCUGAGAGGUCCAACGUCUGGGUCAUUCGCAAGCAGAACCGUGAAAACGAGCGUGAGGACGGCUUCACGGUUUUGGGCUAUUACUACAUUGUCAACAACGUCAUCUAUCAAGCUCCUUCAGUUGCCAGUGUUCUCAACUAUCGUCUGCUAAACACGGUUUCCGCCCUCAACAAGGUCUUCACGGCUCCCGCGGACCUGUCUUUCUUUUCAGUCUCUCAUGGCCACACUUACCAUAAGCCAGUCCAACAGUCAACAACACAAAGUAUGCUGAGUGCCCCACAGCAGGGUAAUGAACAGCAACCACCCCCACCAACGCCGGGACCUCAGCCUUCUAAUGCAGAGAAGGCUUCAGCCACUUCUCAAGCCCAGGAGGAAGCAACUGGUGGGACUCGGACGGCUUGGGACGCACUUCAAAUGACUCUGCAGUACGGAAAGGAAUACGUGGAUGAUAUGCCGUUGGUGGGCGAGCCUGGGAACUUUCGGUUCUCUAAAAACAAAGACGCUAGUGUCACGACAGGCCAGACGAAAGCCCAAAUCCAGACAUCUCCCACUGGCACUCCUGGUCAAUCCCGAGCAGCUUCUGUCGUGCCCGCGACGUCAAGCAAUCCACCUGCAGUUGCCAAGGGCCCUAAGAUGCUGGAGAAAACGGCACCACUAUCCGAGGGACCAGCAAAGGUGAAACGGAGGAAGAGUAAACCAGGUGUACCUAGUCCAUGA